GGGGAAGGAAGGGAGUGGGGGAAAUAGGGAGGAGUGAAUGACAGAGGGGAAAUUAGUCACAAGCUGCAGGAGAAUAAGCUGUCCACAGCUCCAAGGUCUGUCUCUCAUUAAAGCUGUCCGGGGCGAAACGAUGGAAGGCCUGCUGCCGCUGAGUCUCCCCGGGGCGUGAGGAGCUUUCCUGGGCAUCAGCUGUGUCAUUCUCCUGCAGUCAUCUCUGCUCCGAUCCUCCUCUGCUUGCCUGUCGCUGCACCUCUGCAGUAAAAGAGAGCCUCUGUUCCGGACGUGGACGACUCCUCCCCCUAUUCCUUUCGGGUGUGAGUUGCCCAGGCAACCAUGGAUGGUCUGCGCUUGCCACCGGUCAUUGAGGAGGUAAUAGAACCUGCAGAUGACGUAUGUGACCUGAAGGCAGAGAGGCCUGGACUGGAGGACGAGCUAACAGCCAAAGAGAAGUCAAUGGAGGAGAACAACACGAAAGUGGAGAGAGAGAAGGAUGUGGAGGUGGGGAAUGGAGAGAAGGGUCAGCAGGAGAACCAGGGAGAGGAAAAGGAGGAAAAAGUGGAGGAGGAAGAGGAGGAAGUAGGAGUGUUAGAAGAAGAGGACUUGGAGGAGUUGAGGUCCCAGGUUCUGCAGCUGGUGUUAGAGCUGGAAGAGGCUAGGGAGUUGUCUCAACGACAUGAGGAGAGCUUCCUGGAGCUACAGGGUCUUUUGGAAGAUGAACGCAUGGCCAGUGCCAACCAGGCAGAGAGCUUUACCAGACAAAUCCAGAGACUGCAAGCCCAGCUGCGCUCGGUCCAGGAGGAGAUGGACUCUCUGGAGGAGGAGAAGGAGAGUGAGCUGGGGGAGGUGCAGGAGGAGCUGAGGUCUGCCCAGGAGGAGGUGCUGGUGCUGCAGCAGGCUGGGGAGGAGGCUGCGGCGGAGAGGGAGAACGACAUCGCCUUGCUUCAGGAGGAGCUAUGUCGUCUGAGGGCCGAGUUACAGCGCCUCCACACCACGGCCCAGGAGUACGAGCUGGAGAUCACCACCUUGCGGGCGGAGAUCUGCAUGAAGAGUAUGAGGAGGGAGGAAAGCAAUGCCGGUGAGGUGGGCCAGCUGAAGGCUGAGUGUCGUACAUUGAUAGACGAGUGUCAAACUCUGAAGGACGACAACAAACAGCUGAGCCUCAAACUGCAGCAGAUACAACAGCAACAAGCAAGCUCUAAUGAGGCCGACCUGGCUUUGAGGGGAGAAGGGGGCGAGGCCCACGAGGAAGUGGGUGCCGGGUCGGACGUGGAACCGCUGAAAGCUGAUGUCUACAUGACCCUGUCCAAGACCCAGACUGGGAGCAAUCAGGGCUCGGCGGACGCCUCCAUCCAGAAGAACAUCUCGCUCGAUGGCAAGACCGGUAUUGACUGGAACGACCCCGCCCAGGUCCUCUCCCUCCGAGACCAGCUCCGAUUGGCUGAGGACAGGGCUUGGCAAGUACACAAACAAUGCGAGGGGCUGAAGGGGGAGCUGGCGGAGCUUCAGGGGCUGUUUGACUGCAGCCAGAAGGAAAGGGCGGAGCUGGAGCAGGAUCUGCGUCACUGCCGGGCGGAGCUGGCGAGGUUGUGCGGUGGGAGGUCACAGGAGAGCGAGGAAGGCUGGAACCUGGUGUCAGUGGUUGCCUUGGCAGCGCUUGUAGUCCUGAUUGUCCCCAGCCUGUCUAGGGUGUUUACCUGAGGACCACACCGACAAAGUCUCUGCAAUGGGAAUGAUCGUUCUGGUGGCCCCUGGCAACACUGGCAAAGCCAUGACCCUAUCCCAUGAUGCCCCUGUCAAGGCUCCUACUCGCUUCAUCAUCCUAGGAGGACAGACAUUUUCAGCACAAAAUACACCACAACAAGGAAUUAGCCUGAAACAUUACUCAAGGAAUAAUGCAUACUAUGUGCCUGCCACUUAAGGUUGCAAGAUUCCGGUAACUUCCCCAAAAUGUACAGGUCUUCCAAAAAUUCUGGGCAGAGGAUUCUGGAUUUUUAUCUGCUGAUCUCUUUAAAGUCCUUUAUUUGUUUCCCUCUCUGCUAAUCUCCCCUUCACUUCUCUAAUAAACAUCUCCACAAGAAUAUUGGACCAGCUUAAUAUGAGGGAGAUGUGGUUAGCUGUUUGUGGCAGGUAUUGAGGCAUUGGUUACAGUGAAUAAACAUAAUUCAUCGAACAUGUCUGAGCAUUUGUCAAUUAGUUUAUUGAUUGACAAACUGUAAAGGCUCACUAUAGGAAAGGUCAUGCCUUAUUCUUUCCUUUGAUGAAUGGCUGAGUGCUUGCCCUUAUUGUGACGCUGAUGACACUCAAACUUAAAUGGUGUGGAUAUUGAGAAGGUACAUGUUAUUCAGGAAGUAAACGCAAUCACAUGUUUUACUGUUUCUAAUGGGCAUGUGAUCUUUCCACAGAUCUUUCUCCUCAUUUUCAGUCAAUUACCAUUACAAUUGUCUCUGCUACACCAGUCUCUCUACCAUUCACAAUUUACACAUUUCCUUCUGUUUUGUGGCAUGCUCUGUGUAGGUCUAAAAAUACCAAACUGUUAUAAAGGAUUUAAAAAAAUGAAAUGAUAAAUACUGUAUGAGCGUGUGAAGGAGGUUUGGAUUUAUUUUGAUAUUUUAGAUGUUUGUUGUCUUUGUUAAUAGUUCUCUCUUGCUUGUCUCUGUUGCUCUGUGUUUUAUGUAUUUAGUUUUACCUUGUGUGUUUAGAGAUCUAUACAGAUCAGUUGUCCUAUCAUUACGUGUUUUGAUGUAUUCAAUUUAACUGUCCAAAUUAUUCACAGCUAGAUUACUAUUUUUGUAGCAAUAGGAAAAUAUAUCACCAAAUGGGUCCAUACUUAAAAGCACAAGAAAAAUAAAUUUAGCUAAUUACAGUAGUUGACACAUUGCAUUGUAGCUGGCUGGUCACAACAGAUGACGCAGAUGAAUUGGCGCACGACCAGCAGACAGUGAUUCUGUUCUGUAACCUAUUCUACAUCAGCCCAUCAUAUAUAUUAGACUAUGUAUACCAACUAAAGUUAUUUCUGGAGCAAAACUGCAGAGGGGAGUUGGCUACAUGCAGGUAUUUACAUGUUGUAUACGAAAGAUGUGAUUGACAUCUUGGUACAGACUUUGUUGUCAGUUGUAAGCACAACAAAACAAGUUGCAGAAAUGCGCUAAACUGACUUUUGUGUCCCCACCCCCCCCCCCCACACACACACACACACACACACACACACACACACACACAAAACACUAGAUCAACAGCAGGAAAUUUGAUGUUCUCAUAGGUUAAUAUAUUAUAUUCAAAAUUAUUUCCAAAAAGAUGAUGAUAAGGUGCCCCUCCCACAUUUUCUUUUUUUACUUAUAUUUUUUUUACACGUAUUUACUUAAUCCGUACAUACAGUUAGCAAAUGAACAAUGUGGUGGUAUGCUUUCUACCUUGUAUAGACUAAAAUGUUUUCUUGUGCACAACGUGCUUGAAUGGAAGAGCCCGCUUGCCUCUCCACUGUAUCACUGCCUCUCACUUAGAUCUUGUGUGUCCCCAGGAAAAAGCUAGGCUGCAAAAGCUUACUGGACAGUUAUUUUGAGUAUUUUCUUUACUAACAGCCUAUUUGAAAUGAGGUGCAAGCUUGCUCUUCGCUGAAGAGCACAGUAAUUAUUAAUACCAUAAUGUUUGAGUACAACAUUUUACUGUAAAUGUUAGUGAAAAUGACAUUUUCAAAGUGAUUUUUAAAUGACAGCUCGACGUCAGUCCUAAUACUUUUAGUGUGGGAACUCAGUGCAGAAUAUAGUCUUCAGUCAAACACAUUUGAUCUAGCUGCUUUGCGUCUGCUUUUUAACUUAAGAAACCUACAGUUUAGAGUCGAAGGAGCCAAAAUUAACAUUAGGAAGGAGUUACAUAUUUCCCUAGCUUUGCUAACACGCUGCUAUGUUUUUAUAGUUGGAUUAUGUCCCAACUAGACAGGAAACUACUUGUAUGGUUUAUGAUGGAGGUCCAAGUUAAAUGUAUACUUUUUCUAUUGUUCAUAAGUAUGGACUUGAAGAAUUUGUUAAUGAAGGAUUUCACUGUGUUUGGCUAUGAUUUGAAACAGAGUUAUUUUUGUAAAUAGACAUUGUGUUUAAUGUUUUUGGCGUCUUGAAUAUUAAUCAACUAUCAUUAUGAACAGUGACAAACAAUCCAUAUAUGGUGAAACAAAAUAAAAAAAUGUAGCCAGUGA